UGUUGCGGGGGGCCCUCUUUAGCUGCGGACUCCCAAGCGGAAGUUGCUUUCCUAGCGGAGACGGGAGUGGGGGAGGAGCCGUCCGAGGGGAACGUGGGUUGAACGUUACUGGUAGAUGGUGUGGAGCUCAAGCUGGAACAGGAGUUCGGACCGAUUCUACACGAAGAAGGGGUGUGCUUCGGGCCGGAUUCAUUGAAAAAUCCUUAGUGAUAUUGGCAUAUUCCAAGUGAAAUAAAUUAGCCAAUGACUCGGAUUGAUGGAUUCUCUGAAGAUUGGAAAUGGUUUGCCACGGGUUGGACCAGGGACUGAUAUAGGGAUAUCUUCACUCCCCAAGCUGGGGUACUUGGGAAAAAAUUCAGCUAAAGUUACAACGGAUAGGCAUUGCCCUGCCUGUAGAGCAAAAGGAAAGCUAAACACCUUAAAAACUUACCAAAUUAACUUCCAAGAGUCUAUCUCUCUGUGUGAAGAUCUUCAGUGCAUUUAUCCUUUGGGCUCUGAAUCACUUACUAAUUUAAUUUCUCCUGAUUUGGAAGAUUGUCACACUCAAAAUAAGCCUCAAAAAAGAAAGAGAUUGGAAAGCAGCUGUAAGAAUUCAACGCUUCCAGUACAUUCUAAAAAGACUAGAAAUCACUUUGUCACUGGUGAACAGAUUUUGAAUGGUAAAUAUAAUGGAAAAGUGUGUGGUGACACCUCAUCAAGUUUACCAGAUAACAUUGGUCUCCAGAAUCCUGUCAGGACAGUUGAUUCCUUGGAGCAGAAUGAGACUUUGGAAGCUGGAAACACGGACGUGGUUCCUACAGAAGAUCCUGCCACAGUUACUGUCUCUGGAACGCUCCCCCAAAGUGAAGGGUCUGGGCUGGAAGUGCCAUCCAAGAGCAGAUGUUUAUCCUUUUGCCAGACUCUGUGUGUCCAGUGGAAAAACUCUCAGGCGCUCUGCUGGCUGGACUGUAUCCUUUCGGCCCUGGUGCACCUGGCGGUGCUGAAGAGCGCUGUGGUGGAGCUGUGCUCCAGAGAUGGGUGUGUGUUUGGGAGGCUGUUGGAAGCAUACCACCGGGCAGAUAAGCUUCUGCACACCCAUCACUUGCAUUCUGUCACAGGUGAAGAUUGUCCAAAACUGACGUCAGAAAUACUUGCAGAGAUAGAGACCUGUCUGAAUGAAGUUAGAGAAGAAAUUUUUUUUAAACUUCAGCCUAAGCUUAGAUGCACAUUAGGUGAGAUGGAAAGUCCCGUGUUUGCAUUUCCUGCACUCUUAAAACUAGACCCCCAUGUGGAGAAGCUCUUUACCUACUCUUUUUCUUGGAAUUUUGAAUGUUCCAAUUGUGGACACCAGUAUCAAAACAGGUGUUCGAAGAGCCUGGUCACCUUUACAAAUGUUGUUCCUGAGUGGCACCCACUCAAUGCUGCCCAUUUUGGUCCAUGUAACAGUUGCCACAGUAAAUCACAAAUAAGAAAAAUGGUGUUGGAAAGAGCCUCGUCCGUGUUCAUGCUGCACUUCGUGGACGGCUUGCCUCGGGAGGACCUGCAGCACUACGCCUUUCCUUUUGAAGGUAGUCUUUAUCAAGUCACGUCUGUGAUUCAGUACCAAGCAAAUAACCAUUUCAUAACGUGGAUCUUAGAUGCUGAUGGGAGUUGGCUGGAGUGUGAUGACUUAAAGGGUCUGUGUGCUAAAAGGCACAGGACAUGUGAAGUGCCGGCCUCAGAGAUACACAUUGUUGUUUGGGAAAGGAAGUUCCAGGUCCUGACUGAACAAGCUGCCUGCCUUCCACUCACAAAGCCAAGAGCGCAGCAUGCGUCAGGUGAGGAGCAGCCAGCUUCGCCAGCACUGUGUUCUGUGGGUGGGACUGCCACCUCAGAACCGUCAGUCGUCCACCCCACACGUAUGCCAGUUGCUCCUCAGACUUUUCCAGAAGUCCAAGCUGUAGCUCCUGGCGAUAGUGUACUUCCGGGAACAAAAGGCGUGCUCGAAACUGCCUCUGUUUCUCAGAGUGACUCCAGAGAUUGCCUGUUAGAAGACAAGCCUGUGGCAGAGUGUGCAGGACUGGGCAGCGCACUUCCUUGGCCACUACGAGACUCACUGAUGACUUCCUUACUGUCCAGCCCAUGUGAAGGAAAGCCAGUGACCCCUCCAGUUAGGAGCACAGACCCACAGGCAGGAGACACUGUGGUUCCUGAGCCUGUGACUGAUGCCCCUCUCCCUCUUCCUGCCCAGGAAUUGAAGUCCAUGGCAGCUGAGAAGGACGCUCAGAUUCAGUUGCUGCCACUUAGAGCUGAGAGGCUAAAACCCGCACAGCCUGGUCAGUCUCAGGCAUCCGAUCUGAGAAAGAGAGGAACCGCAGCAUCUUCUAGUGUGGGAGCAGCCAGGUCACCGCAGACUCAGCCUCGGCAAGAUGAUCAGAAGAAAGCUUUCGUGGGAAGCUGGGUGAAAGGGCUGUUGAGCAGGGGUGGUGCGUUUAUGCCACCCUGUGUUUUGGCUCAGAAUAAAGCAGUGACUGCCCUGCAGCCCUCCGUUAAAGGAGCCAACAAUUACGAUGGCUUUAAGACGAAAAAUGUAAGCCGGAAGGCCAAGAGGAUGGCCAAGAAGGCAGCUAAGCAGGUGGACGAGCCGUCUCCAGGCAGCAGCAGCAGCUCUCCACCUUCAGGUAGCACAGCUGCUGUGUCCCAUGCUGGUGGGACAGCCUCGUCACCCCUGUUGAAGGGGCAGGAAAGCUCAUGUGCUGCCCCCCUCACCCACAAUUCCCAUGGCAGUGAAAGUGCCAUCUCUCCAGCAAGCUGUGGAGAUGCAGCUGAAGAUCAGGUUCAUAAGCUUCGGCUCAAACUUCUUAAAAAAUUAAAGGCAAAAAAGAAGAAACUAGCUGCUCUCAUGUCUUCCCCGAACCGUGGGACAUCCGUAAGUGACCAUUCAGAGCCAGUGUCCCAGUGUGGGUCUCCAAAUGACUGUGAGUCCAUAGAAGACCUGUUAAAUGAGUUACAGAAUCAAAUUGACCUUGCGCACAGCAGCAGUUCCGGGUGCACCGCUGCUCCUGGUGCUACCUCCUGGAACAGCCAGAGUCAUGAGGAGAUUUUAGCAGAGUUACUGUUGCCUCCGGCCCUGUCUGAGCCCUCUGCAAGUGUGGAGCCCGACUUGAGGUAUGUGGAGAUGGAGGACAGCACACCAGCGCCUAAUGAAUUCAGUGCUGUUCCCCAGAACACCUACCUGAGACAGGACCAUAACUACUGCAGCCCCGAGAAAAACCAGUGUGAAGCCGAGCUUCCUUCACUCACAGACAGUGCCUGUAUAAGAACCUUGAACUUGGGGAGCCCCAUGAAGACUGAUAUUUUUGAUGAUUUUUUUCCUACUUCAGCAUUGAGUUCUUUAACAAAUGACUCGUUAGAUAUACCUCAUUUUGAUGAAUAUCUGUUUGAGAAUUGCUGAGUUGUUGUUAACGUUUUAGUUUAACACUGAGCACUGCUGCAAGAGGACGUGACUUACGGGUAGUGUUUGGCUGACACGCACACCCUUGUGUUCUAGCCUUGGGGAAGGUGUAAGCUCCUGGGCUCUCCCUUUGGUUCUUGUGAAGCGUGGGACCUGCUGCAAAUUAAAACCUUUGUUUUCGUGA